AUGGUGGACUACUCCAAGUUCAGCAAGAUCGAAGACAGCGAUGAAGAGCCCAUUUGGCAAAGUGAGGUGAAGACCUCCAAGGCUUUGUCCCAGCAAGUUCUGGACGAACUUGACAGUAGUGCUGAACGUUUAGCAUCUCGGAGUCGACCCUGUCAUUGUUUUUUCGACUUUUCAGUGGACCUGGAGAAGUUGAAGGUCUAUGUCCAGGAGAUGGAAGAUUCUGGCGCAAAGCUGCCCGAGACGCGUUACCUGGGCCGAGUAGUCAUUGAGUUGGAUCAGGCAGUCCAUGCACCGAAGCUCUCUGAAAACUUUCGGUCGCUUUGCACCGGGGAGAGGGGAAUAGGUGUUGGUGGCCAUCGACUCUGCUACCAGGGAAGGACUUUAGAUUACAUUUUGCCAAAGUAUUGUGUGCAGGCGUCCAUCCCAAACGAAUACUCCUGCUGGGGUUCCUAUUUGCCGGAUGAGAAGCUGACUCUUCCACAUACUUCAUUUGACAGGCCUGGAUUGGUUGCAGUUGGCAAUCAUGGUCCUCAUACCAAUAGCUGCACCUUUAUGAUUACGUUGAAUGAGGCUUCACAUUUGGAUGGCUUCAACCAAAUCAUUGGCCGGGUAGUUCGUGGUAUGGAGGUGCUUCGCCAGAUUGAGGGCUUUCCGACUGAUCGCAAGACGCAAUCCUUUGCAGAACGAAAUGUGAAGUCCCACUGGGGUGGUCGCCCCAUGGUGGAUGUGAUUAUUGAGAGUUGUGGCGAGAUCACCGAUGAACAAAUCGCAAUCCCACAGCCUGUGGACGGUGACGCCUUCCCAGAGCAUCCACUGGACUUCAGCGUGAAGAGUGACGAGUCAGACCUGAUGUUUGCCCAGGAGCGGCUUCGAGAGAUUGGCAAUGAGUACUUCAAGAAAAAUCAAUACAAGUUGGCCUUGGCAAAAUACAAAAAAGCACUGGCAUACUUGGAGCCCCUUCUCAAGAAGCAGAGCAGGAAGGAGUUUGCUGAGGAGGAGCCUGCAACCUUAUUCUCAGGUGCGCGGCCCAAAGAUCGCACUGAACCUGUGAAAGCGGAUUGCACUUUGAAGCUCAACAUGUGCCAAGUCCAUUCAGCUAUGGGGGACUGGCGUGCAGCCAUCACCACAGCCGAUGGUGUCCUUCAAGAUCUUGUUGGCAAACACUCCAGGAAGGGCUAUGGAGCUUUGCCCAAGGAGUCAGUCGUUGCCAAGGCCUUCUUCCGCCGCGCAAAGGCUCGCAUUGGGCUCUCAGAUGUGACUGGGGAGGUUUCCCAGUUAGAAGAGGCAAUCGAUGAUCUGCGGCAGGCAUUGCAGGUGGAGCCAGCCAAUGCAGAAAUCAAGAGGGAGUUGGACAAGGUUCGGGUCAGACAACGUGAAGCUGAUGAGAAGAAUCGUGCUGCGACAGCACUUGCCGAAGGCAAGCCCAAGAAGUAUCCGCAACACACCUCCAAGGUGGGCCUCGCAGUUCCAGCGAAAAGCGUCCGUGCUCCAUCCGCUACCACUGGGCUGAAGCUCAGUGGUAGCGCUGUCGGCUAUGUGAUUUACCGUCAGGCUGCGCUGUCGGAGAGCCAGGAACUCCGCUUUGGCGCUUGGGCUGGUGGCAAAUACGACAAGGCAACAGUUCUGUCAUGUCUUCGAAAGUUGGACAAGGUUGUCUCCUCUGAGAAGGGGAAAAGCUCAGUGGCAUACGUGCAAGAAGAUGGCGAUGCUGAAGGCCAUGACGCAGAAGAGUAUGAUGAUGGAGAGGACGGUGAAGAACAGUAUGUCUUCUUGGACGAAGGCGACAUGGACCGCAUCUUCGAAGAGCCGGAGAUUCAGGUGGUGCUUGCCUCCUAUCAGGAGGUUCGGAAGGCGAUCCAGAAUAAGCAAAAGGGCAGGCAAUUUUUCAAAGGAGGAAAAGGGCGAGGCUCACCUUGGCAGAAUUUUACCAAGGGCAAACAGAGGGUCCACGUGGAGCAGUUGAAACUGCGCACCAGGUGCGCUCGGUGCGGGGCCAUUGGGCAUUGGGCUCGCGAGUGCCGCGCGCCUGAAGAUCAGCGCGGCCGCCUUGCAGGUGCUGCCAUGUCAUCGAAGACGUCCGGCUCAUCGGCACCGAGCACUACAAGUGGUGGUCAGCAGUCUUGGUAUGUGGCAUCUGAACCAGGUGGGUCAAAAUUGGCAUUUUGUCAAAGCGACCAGAGCCGAAGUCACCACUAUUUUGUCGGCCUGACAACUUGCCCGACUAUGGCACUUGUGGACACAGCAGCUCAAGAUGGGCUAGUUGGUCGGGAAGCUUUGCAGAGGCUGUCGCAAAAGUUGCAGAGUUUUGGUUUGAGGGUGAAGUGGACAGAUAAGAAGGCAAAAGCGCAUGGAGUAGGAGGUCAAGCAGAGGUUCAUGGAAUAGCAGCAAUACCAUUAGGGUUAGCAGGAUCUUCUGGUGUUUUGGAAGUGACAGUUGUCAGUGGAGAUGUACCUCUUUUACUCCCCAUCCGCAUGUUGAAAGAGUUGCAAGCUGUGAUUGAUUUGGAGUGCAGCCGCAUGACAUUGAAACGUUUGAGACAGUCAGUUGAGUUGCAUACCAUGCCGAGUGGACAUGUUGCGGUUGACAUCCUGAAUUUUGGUCCAGAAGGUUUUUCAUUCCCUCAACAAGCAAGAGACGUUGGAUAUGCAGAACAUGAUUUUCGUUGCGACGGAAGCUCAGGCUCGAGUUGCGUGAUGCUCACCCAUUUGCAGUCUCUUGCGACCAGCUUCAACCAUGGUGGAUCGUUUAGCGCUGUUCCGCCGUGCCUUCAACCGGAGCCCUGGAGAUGUUACGAUGGCAAGUGGGGGUACGGUGAGUAUGCACCACAACCCCAGGAGGGCAAUGGCACAUUGGAGGCAAUUGCUGGACAAGGUUUCUCUUGUGCAGACCUUGGUUGGGCUGGAGGAGUCAGUGAAUUCGUGGCUUCCGUCCGGUGCGACGGGAGCGCCAGCUUCGUCUCAAAUAUCCUCAAGGCAGUUGGCAGAGUUGAUCCAAGACGCACCCAAGUUGACGCCGCUGAAGACCAAGGUUGCUGCGUUGGUGGAGCCAGAACACUGUGCGCAUGUGGAAGAGCGGCUCACAGCGGCAUCCAACCAGUACCAGACUUGGGCCAUAUGCUGGGAUUGUCACUCCCGUUGGAAGCUUCCAAUGGAGUGGCAUCGGACAGCCAGUCCGAAGAAGCCACGCGCCAAGACAAGCGCGUCGAGCUCAGCGGCAGAGGCAUUCAAGAAGGAGAUCCAAGGUCGAAUGGAGGCGGAGAUGCGAGCAGAGUUUGCACACAAAGUCCAAGAGCAAGCCUUGAACAGCCAGAGCAUGAUGCUGCAGCUGCGCUCGACACACGCCGAGGUCGACCAGAUGAGGGAGCGUCUGAGCAAUCAGGCAAUGGCCAACUUGGAGGAGAUGGGUCAGUUGCAGUGUGCAAUCGAGGAGGACACAAGGAUGAAGGCACAGCUAUCUCAGAUGAGGUGGAAUCAGGAGGUGCAACAGAUCAUGAUGAACGAGUACGCCACAAUGGCGAUGGGACAGAGGUUCCAAGAUCACCCCGACUUCCAUCACAACGAGAUGCACAUGUAUGCAGAAAGAAUUCUACGUGCGGAGGAGGAGACCCGGAGGGAGUCCAGGAUUGCGGAAGCCCUGCGCAUGGAGAGUCAGGAGGAGGCGUUAUCCCGGGGCAGCAGAAUGGUGAAGAAGCCACAGAGCAAGUCUCCGACAAGGUCGAGAGCGGCAUCCCAACCCAGGAGGUCUGGGUGAGGCUGACAGGAGAUGGAAUGGCUGAACGUGUUGAGGAGUUCAGUCGCUGUCCGCAUUUUGGCAUCCAGGAUGUGUUUGUGAAGGAUGGCGAUGAGGCCUUUGCGAUUGCUGAUGUUGAAGAGCUGGUUUUUGAAGAUGAGUGUUUUGUUGUUUUGCGAAAGAGUGCCAAAGAUGCGGCUGAGGAUUGGCUUCCAGAGGUGGAGGAAACAGCACUUCCCCGCAAGACCAAGAAGCAGCUGCGUAGGGCCUUGAAUGAUGGAGUUAUGAAUCAAGUUUUCGCUGUCGAGGUCAGCGAAGAGAGCAGCUCACCGAGAGAGGUGGCUGAAGUCUCCAGUGAUGAAGUUUCCAGUUCAACAUGCGCUGUCGAGGUCAGCGCAAAUGAUGGCGUACCGAGAGAGGUGGCCAUCGAGCAGGGUGCUGAAGAUGCACUCGCUGUCGAGAUCAGCGAGGUUUAUAGCCCGCCGAGAGUGGCGGCUAUGGCAAAAAGGUACAAACUCAAAGUUGGGAAGUCGUACGACAUCUUGACGGGGUACGACCUGCGGCUCAAAAGAGAUUUGAAUCGAAUGUGGCGUAGUCUGAGUGAAGAUGAGCCAGAGCUGGCCGUUAUCAGCCCGCCGUGCACGCCGUUCUCCCCACUCCAACAGUGGAACUUCCCUCGAAUGCUCUUUGAGAAGGUUGCCGUGAUGAUUGGAGAAGGUUUGCAUCAUGUCUCCAUAGCAUGCAAGGUGGCAAAGUGGCAGCAUUCUCAUGGGAGGUUGUUCGUCUUUGAGCACCCUAAACCUUCAAAGGCUUGGGAUGAACCUGAGAUGUUGGAGUUGAUGAUGUUGCCAGGCGUCUAUGUUUGCGUGGUUGAUCAAUGUGAGUACGGCUUACAAGUCGGAUCUGGGCUCAACAAAAAGACCACUCAGUUUGUCGUCAAUUCAAUCCACAUAGCUGCCGAGCUUCAGCGCCGCUGCAGUGGCGAACAUCAACAUGAACCAUUGACCAAUGGUCGAGCGGCCAAAGCGGCCAUUUAUCCACCAGAGCUGUGCAGAGCUUUGAUCCGAGGCUUGAAAAGGCAUCUUCGGGCCAAAAGAGGGCAAAACUCAGUUUUUCUUGAAGUUCCAGAGGAGAUAGCUGUUUUAGCUACGGGCAGUCAAGCAGUUGGGCAUGAGUUGGAUGAGUUUGAGGACAUACUGCCUCAAGAGGUUGCCGAGCACAGACAGGCAACCAGGGCUGCUAAGAGACUUCAAGUGGCUGAGAGAGCAGAGGUAGCAGUUGCAGAGGAAGACAAGCUCAAGAUCCGAAAGAUGCACAACAACCUGGGUCACCCUGCAUUAGACAGUUUUGUCAGGUUUCUGCGUGCUGGAAGAGUACGUGAUGAGGUGGUACGAUGGGUUCUCAAGGAGUUCAAGUGUGAGACAUGCAACAGUCAAGCUAUCCCCAAAGCUCCAAGACCUGCUGUUGUCCCAAAGUGCUACAAGCCUGGAGUUGCAGUGGGGAUAGAUCUUUUCUACAUUCCUGACCCUCAGAACGUCAGGUCACUCCCAGUGCUGAAUGUGGUGGACGUUGGCACUAACUACCAGGUCAUUGAGUUGCUGGAAAACAAGGAUCCACUCAGCGUUUGGCGAGCGUUUUGGGCAUGCUGGUGCAGAGUUUUUGGGGCACCCCAGUAUCUGACGGUUGAUGAGGGACUCGAGUUCAGAGGCGAGUUCACUCAAUGGUGCUCAAACUAUGGCAUUCUGAUCUUUAGAUCAGCAGCUCGGUCUCCCUGGCAACAGGGCAAAGUGGAGCGUCAUGGUGGCCUGAUGAAGACUAUGAUCGAGCAUGCCAGAGCAGCGACACCCAUUGAGAGCGUUCAGGAUCUCAAGUUGCUGUUGCAGGAGUGCGAAAGCGCAAAGAACAGGUUCAUGAAUCGCUCAGGAUAUAGUCCGGUGCAGAGGCAGAUUGGGCAGUGGCCUCGUCUGCCAGGGUCACUUAUGAGUGAUGAGUUCUUGGACCCGGCGCUUCAGCUUCAGAACGCGUCGGACGAGUUUGAUCGUCUGCUUGAGCUCAGGCGUUUGGCGCAGGAGGCCUUCGUUGAACUUGCAAGCAAAGAAGCAGCUGUGAAAUCAUUGAGGGCGAGAUCAAGGCCACAGCGGGUUUUCAAGACAGGCGAUGUGGUGUACGUGUUCAGAGCCCUUCGGAAGAAGAAGAGUGUGCAUGGACAACAAGCAGCCCGAGGCCAUGGCAUGGGCCGCAAAGCCACUUGGGUCGGUCCUGGACAUGUUCUUGCGCUUGAAGGUUCUGUGGUGUGGAUCAAUAUGUUUGGUGAGUUGUGGCGAGCUUCUGUUGAGCAGACGCGUGAAGCCACGACCAUGGAAAAGCUGGGAGUAGAGAUGGUGGCAGAAGGUUUUCAAGAGAUGCAGGAGAGGUUGAAGAGGAGUUCACAUAGAGCGGGCUACAGAGAUGUAACCCGGGACAUGGAAGAGCUUGAUGUUGAGGAGGAAGGAGAGCAGCGUGGUCAGCCAAGGGUCCGUUUUGCUUUGCAAGAUGAUGUGACCACCCAUCCUGCACAAGGUCCUUCAUUGCCGCUACAAGAUCUGCCUGCCGUGCCUGAAGAAAGUGACGAAGAGUCAAAUGAGGGAUCAACACCCCAUCAUGAUACCAGAAGAGCCUCAAGGGUGACUGUGCCUGAACCAGAUGCAGAAGGUGAAGUGAUUCAAAUGAAUGAGGCCGAUGUUCAGAGAGAGUUUGACAGGCACGCAGAGGAGGAAGCAAUAGAGAGUAUGGCAGAGUCGGUUCAGGCAAAUCAGACUCUUGACGGUUUGAUCAAUGGCUAUGAAGCAGCUAGGCAAGCCGUUACGUCAAGAUGGCAGCAAAGAGGAACAGCACCUUACUUUGCCGAGUUCUUUUUGCAGACCGAUGGUCCUGAAGCAGAUGAGGUCGAGGAAGAUCCCAAGCGGGAUUAUUGGGCAUAUGAUGAGUGCCGAGGCAUUUUGCAACGGCACCAUGUGCACUGGCGCAAAGCUCUCUUCAGCCCAGCACAGACUGAGGGUUGUCCAGUUCCUUUGAGAGCAAUACGUGCCAGCCGAAAGACACAGAGGAUCGAAGCCUCAGGAGAGGUUCAUGAAGUUUCAGAUGAGUGGUCCCUUUUUACAAAGAAAGAAGAUCGACAUACGUGGUGGAAGGGCAUCACAGAGUUUGCAGUGGACAAACAUUAUCUGCAAACGUUCAAAGGACCACAGUUCAAAAAGCGAGGUGAAGGCGAAGUGUUUGCACAUGAGAUCCCGGCUGAGGAGUGGCCGGAAUGGAAAGUCCAAGAUGCAGAGGAGUUUGGAAAGAUCGUUUCAAGUGGCGCUUUGAGGGUUCUGAGCGUGGAAGAAAGCGCUCAGGUACAGAAGGACCUUAAAGAAAAGGGUCAACUCAACAGGAUUUUGCCAAGCAGGAUGGUCAGGCGUUACAAACCAGGAGAUAGCCCAGGAGCGCCAAGGACGAAAAAGUCUCGGUUCUGCAUCCGAGGAGACAAAGACCCAGACAUAGCUGACCUGUCGCGGUUUGCACCGACAGUCACCACCUCCAACUUGCAAGUGCUUGUUCAGGCAGCCAUGAACAAGAAGUUCCGUGGCAUUGUGGGAGACCUCAAGGCGGCUUUUACACAAAGCAUGCCGCUAUGCCGCGGCGCUGGGAAGCUUUACUGCAAGUCAAGCGAAGGCAGUAUGCCUGGUUUGAUGGAGGGGCAAAUAGCAGAGAUUGUCUUGGGUUGCUAUGGUCUUUGUGAUGCUCCGAUGCACUGGAGAAAGACUUUGGUGCGGUUUCUCAAAGAAGAGCUGGGUUACAAACAGAGCUGCUUAGAUCCUUGCACCUUUCUUCUACAUGGUACAAAUGGUUUGCAUGGAAUGGUGGCGGUUGAAAUAGAUGACCUGCUGAUGUUUGGCGAUGAAGUUCACGAAGCAAAAAUGGCUUUACUUCAAAAGAAGUUCACGUUUGGGAAGAUUCAGACCAUUGAUGAGAGCGGUGUCAACUUUAAUGGCAGGAGAUUGCGCCGCUUCGACGACACGAUGGUCAUUGACAUGAAGGCCUUUGUGGAGGAACGAUUGAGUCCUGUGCCCUUGAGCAAAGAGCGCUCGAAGCAGAGACAGGAGAGAUUGACGGAGGAAGAGAUCGGGGAAGUCCGCAAGACAUGCGGGUCUCUGAACUGGGCAGGCCGUGAAGGUCGACCUGAUGCGGCAGCUGCUGCAUCCAUGUUCGCAUCUCUCAUGAAGGAGAUGACAGUCUCCGACGUCCUCGAGCUGAACCGCGUUGUGGAGCGCCUCAAGCAGUCCUCGGAGCUGGCAUUGAAGAUUCAGCGAAUCGAGGAUAUGUGCUGGGGGGUCAUAUCUGACGCCUCUUGGGCCAAUGCAAGAGGAGGCAAAACACAGGGCGGGCAUAUGCUCGUCACAUUUGACCGGAGCAUGCUGGAUGGUCAUCGAGCAGUAUGCAACCUUCUGCAUUGGAAGAGUGGAAAAUUGCAUCGCACAGUCAAUAGCACGCUUGCAGCGGAGACGCAAUCACUGGCGAGAGGAAUAGGAGACCUCUUGUGGAUGAUGGUGAUGUACUUCGAGAUCACCAUCCCAGACUUUCAAUUGCGUGACUGGCGGAAGCAUAUCCAUCGGAGCGGGUACACCGCCUUUUCCAAGAAUGAGGAAGAGCAGAUGGCUGACGCAUUGGCUUUGGUGGAUGCGAAAUCUCUCUAUGACUUGCUAGCGCAUGAGACGAGUGGCGGCAAUGAUCGAAGGACGGCUCUGGAUGUGCAGAUGUUACGCAGAAUUGACUCGCUUUUGGAGAUGUUACGUACAGGGAAGUUUGGCAUCACCGAAGAGUCUGCAACCUUAGAGAAUAGGCUUGAGACGCGUAGGCAAACUGGAUAUAAUCGUAGAUGA